AUGGUCGAGUCGAAAAGUAACGAAAUAGCCAGUAUGAUACGCAUUUCUCCAUCAAGUUCCACCCACCCUGCGGAGAUGGCGAAGAAGUACCCCAUCUGGUGGUCGAACGCAUCCUUUUUCGUGGGUAUGCAUAUCGUUGGGGUUAUUGGUGCGGUAUGGCUUUCCCCUUGGGGUUCGCUGAAGCGUCAGACCCUCUACUUGUGCAUCUGGAGUUGGCAAUUGGCAAGCUUUGGGGUCACCAUUGGAUACCAUCGUCUAUGGUCCCACAAAGGGUUCACCGCACGUCUUCCCCUGCGGAUCGUGCUUGCCGUGAUGGGCUCUCUUGGUUUCCAAGGCUCUAUCAAGUGGUGGGUUCUGAGGCACAGGCUGCACCAUCGGUUUACCGAUGAUCCGGUCCAUGACCCUUACGCUGCAAGUCUCGGUCUCUUGUUCUCUCACAUGGGCUGGAUCUUCUGGAAGCCAAAGUACGAAAGACUGGUGUUGAUCGAGAAGGGGGACUUGGAGCGUGACCCCGUCGUUCGAUUCCAGCAUCGUCACUAUAUUCCUAUCGCACUUUUUUUUGGUCUGGUCUGCCCAACUGUCAUUGCUCUUGCUUGGGGUGAUAUGCUGGGAGGCUUCAUCUGGGGAGGAGUGAUUGCUCGGUUACUAAUCUGGCAUUGUACUUUUAUGAUCAACUCCUUGGCUCAUUGGGAGGGACUUCAACCAUAUACUCGAGAUAUAUCUGCUCGAGGGUCUUUCAUAAUUGCUGUGAUGACAUCAGGAGAGGGAAACCAUAACUUCCAUGCAUUUCCCCAGGAUUUCCGUAAUGGACCUCAUCCUCUCGACUGGGAUCCCACUAAAUGGUUGAUUUGGCUGUUCCAUAAAUUUACACCAUUUGCUCCGCGUAUUCGUGUAACUCCAGAGCCUGAUAUCCUGAAGGCUCGUGCACACGUUCUGGAUGCCGAGGCUGACUUGGACGGUGUCGACAGCAUCAAGAAGGCGGCACUUCAAAAGAAGGCAGCUGAACUUCGCGCGUUGGUACCGCCCUACGAAUGGGGUAUUCCUGAACAUAAAUUGGAAGCCUGGGGAAGAAAGCAAUUGGAGACCUACGUUGAGAACAGGGGAAGGAAGGUCGUGCUCGUUGACGGCUGGUUCGUCGACGUCACCUCAUACAUCAAAGAUCAUCCCGGUGGUUCCAGUAUCCUGUCUAGAUACCUGGCUGUUUCUCCGGUAAAGGAGACUGUUCACGACUCCGGGGUAGACAUGGAGGAAUCGGACGACGGCGUCACCGAGGCCCUGAAGGACGCGACUGCCGCGUUCAAUGGUGGCCUCAACAACCACUCCUCUGCUGCCAAGGCAAAACUGAAAGCGCUGCGUGUUGCUCGCAUGGCUGCUUGA